UAAUUUCUUUUUAAUUUUAGAUCGACAAUAAAUACCCGACAAAUUUAAAAAGUUAAACACUUCAACGUUAGCAUUAAUUAAUCAUCUCAAGAGUUCUUUGGUAAACUGACACAUAUUCUGUAACGUCACGUCAUACAUAAAAAAAUACAAUGAAUAUUUUUCGUCUAGUCGGUGAUUUGGCGCACGUAUUUGCGAUUAUUAUUUUGCUUUUAAAGAUUUGGAAAACUCGUUCUUGUGCUGGCAUUUCGGGCAAAUCCCAAAUACUAUUUGCCAUCGUCUAUCUGACACGGUAUCUAGAUUUGUUCACUACCUACGUCAGUUUAUACAAUUCUGUAAUGAAAGUACUCUUCCUGGCAUCAUCGGGGGCUACAGUUUAUCUAAUGUACGUCAAAUUCAAGGCAACAUACGAUCACAAUCAUGACUCGUUCCGUCUGGAAUUUCUAUUGGUGCCGUGUGUCCUGUUAUCUCUAUUGAUCAAUCAUGAGUUUACCGUUAUGGAGGUGCUCUGGACUUUUUCCAUCUAUUUGGAGUCUGUUGCUAUUCUGCCGCAGUUAUUUAUGGUCAGCAAAACAGGAGAAGCGGAAUCUAUUACCAGUCAUUACCUGUUCGCAUUAGGAUCUUAUCGUGCACUAUAUCUACUCAAUUGGGUAUACCGCUACAUUGUUGAGUCGCACUAUGACCUAAUUGCGAUAUUUGCCGGCAUUGUUCAAACAAUUCUCUAUUGUGACUUCUUCUACUUGUACAUUACCAAAGUGCUUAAAGGAAAAAAAUUGCAAUUGCCUGCCUAAAUGCUUGUUCCUUUAGCUUAUACUUAUCCAUAGCCCGCAAGUGAUGAUACUAAUUCGUCGUGGAUAAAUGAUUCAGAACCCUGAAGAUGGAAAUGUGACAAUAUGAUUUAUAAAAUAAGUUUCAAGCCAUUCCUCUUCCUGUAAAAUCUUAAUUACCCAUUAUAUUUCUCAUAAAUUCGAUAAAUGAAACCCAUAUUUAUUUUUUUUUUAUUUAUCAAGAUGCAACCAAAAAUAAGGAUCAAAAUUAUUUUUUUUGUCAAUAUAUUACUUUUCUUCAACUUUUGCAUUUAUAAAGCUCAAAAGAAUAUGAAUUAAUAUAUAUUAAUUAAUAUAUUUUAAUACUUAAAAAUCUCCCCAUUAAGUAAACUACAACAGAACAGUUUUUUGUCGUUUUUUCACUUCAGUGGUUGCAAAACAAACAUUCUCAAUAUUGGUAAAAAAAAAAUAUAUAUAUACAUACGUGCAUACAUAUGUAAUCACGUACUACAUAUGUAUGUAGAUUCAUGUACUCGUAAGUCAACCAUCUUAAUUAAAAUUUAGAUUUAAACUUUAUUAAAAUACAUAUAUUACAAAAAGUAAAUACAUAAUAAAGAAUAAUAUUUAAUAAUAAA